GACUAUCAGCUGAUCUUGUCAAGUUGGGGCCCAACUCUACUUCAAAAACAUGAAUUUAUAGAAACUUGCAAUUUUAGAUGAAAAUUAAAAUAAACUUUCUUUCAAAAAUUAUGUAAAUAUGAGCAGCAUAGAUCUAGAUAAUCGUUGGCUGGCAGAUUUGGAAAAUGCCUUGCAAGAGGAGUGCUGCGCAACCGAUAUAUACUGUAUUUGUAAAGGAAAGCCGUUGCCCGAAUCGUUAAGAUCAGAAGUGUGGCAGAUAUGCUUGGAUGUAAGGGACAAAGGUAAUCAACUGGAUCACUUUAAUGAAGUGUAUGAUCUCCCAAAUCAAAAAAUUCUUAGAGAGGAUUGUACUAAUUUUGUUGCAAAGCUUGGAAAUGAUGAAGAUGACAAACUUUCUGUUAUUUCUGAUCUUGAAUCUGUAAUUACAUAUUACUGUAAGAGUCGUAACAUUCCUUAUGCAAGAAAUAAUGGUUGGUUGGAAUUGCUUUUGCCUAUUUUAACACUGAAAGUACCAAAGUCUACCAUCUAUAAUUUAUUUGAAGCGAUAAGGGAUAUGUUUAUACCUCAAAGUUGUGAAAAAAAUGGAAAUGCAUUUCAUAUUGUGAGACUGCUCUUGCUAUACCAUGAUCCAGAAUUAUGUUCAUUUUUGGACACAAAAAGGAUUACACCAGAAAAUUACUGUUUGGUGUGGUUUCAAUCCCUUUUUGCUGCUACAUGUGGCUUAGAAGUUGUGAUCAACAUGUGGGAUUAUUACUUUCAACAAUCGGAUCCCUUUUUUAUAUUUUUCUUAUCUCUGAUAAUGGUAGUGAAUGCUAGAGAUCAGAUUAUAUCUUUGAAGGAAGAGAGUAAGGAAAAUAUUAUUACGAUUCUUUCUAAUAUGCCCUGCGGGCUUGAAGCAGACGAUGUAGCAGAUUUUUGUUCGCUGGCGCAAUAUUAUGCCCUAAAAACUCCUAUGUCCUUCCGAAACGAUUUGAUGCAGACUAUGUAUAGUGACAAAAAUGAUAGCCCAGUAUUAAUUUCACAAGCUCUAUGCCUUCCUGUGUCUGUUAGAGAAUUAGUUGAAAACACAGAACGGGGGUCAAUGAAUAUUGAUGCUGUAAGUUUUUUCUUGGUCGACUGCAGACCCGUGGAGCACUACAACGCUGGUCAUUUACCAACUGCAUUUCAUUUGGAUUGCAAUUUAAUGCUACAAGAACCAAGCUCUUUCGCUACUGCUGUGCAAGGAUUGUUGAGUGCUCAAAAGCAAGCUUUGGCUCAUAAAUCGAGCGCCGGUGGUGAACAUUUGUGUUUUUUGGGUUCGGGUCGUAAUGAGGAAGAUCAAUACACCCAUAUGGUCGUGGCAUCUUUUCUUCAAAAACACACAAAGUAUGUUUCUCUGUUGACUGGGGGAUAUAUUGCUUUACAUGAAUAUUUUGCAAUUAACACCACAUACUUCAAUUCAAUACAGGAUCAUAAUCCCAAACUUUGUAUUGUUUGUGCCCCCACCUUUAAUGUGAGGUCACAAAUGCAAAUAAAUUCAAAGAGUCAGCAGUCAUCCGAUUUGUUGGGAAAAAUUUCUGCUGCAAUGAAAUCAAAGUCUGCCGAAGUGACUGGAAAGUUGAUGGAUUACAUUGUCAAUCCGAAUAACAGUCCUGUUCAGGAAAGGCAUGUGUCCAGUAAUGACAGAAUUGGAAAACGAUAUCGAGACGUUGCGCCAGUGUUUAGUAUUGACGAUGACCAUGACAGCAUGGCCACAUCAGAGAAGCUCGAUGAUGAUGAUAGGCAUGAACUUGUACAAGUUCAGACGUACCUUAAAAUGCCGGGAGUUAUACAACACUUUCCAUGUCAAGAAGUGAAACUCAAUGGAUUUAUGUUCCGAAGUCAUUUAAUAGUAACAAAUACGGAACUGAUUGUUCUAAGAGAGGUGGCAGGCGCUAAAGGUGUCGCAGAAAUGAUCGUCAAACGUCCGCUGUCUGCCAUAGUUAAAAUAACUGCACGAAAGAGACAUCCCGAGCUGAUUACCUUUAAGUACGGGGUCCCCGACGGGGAGAACUUGAAAAUUUCCGACAUGGACAGGUUUCUGAUACCAAAUGCCGACAAAGCAACGAAGGUCAUCUCUGACCAAAUAUUAAAACAGUUAAAAUUGAAAGAAUAAUUGCAAUUUACUUAUUGUGCUGUUGUAGAGGCAGUGCUUAAAAUUUGUUAUAUUGAAGUAUGGAUUGUUCUAAUAUAUAUAUUAUUUGUAUAAAAUUAAAAUUGUUUUAAAAUUUAUUUUGUUUAACUAAUUUGACUUAUAUGUAAAUAAACAGUGAGAAGUAAUUUUCUAUUAUUUGGA